CACAAACCUGUUUAUGCAUUUAUUUCAAAGUAAUUCGGACUAAAGCACUUAUUAGGUAGUAAAGCAAACAUUUGGUACGUUUUAAGAAAAAUAACAUAGCAACUAUACUCAGGCUUUAUCUUCGGUGGUUUAGCGUUCAGAAAGAACCAAGGUCACCCUAAGGGAAAGGUGCUUUUUUUUGUCAGUUUAAGCCAAGACUGGAAUUACGCUAUGGAGAACAAAUGUCUAUUUACUGCAUCACAAGAUGUUCUACUUGAAGAUCAAUGAUGAGGCGGUGAUCCACAAGUUUCAUCAUCCAAUUUAACCAAAUCCUUUUGUUUAGUAAGUUUAUGCCAAUGGUUCCAGCCCCGACUCCUGUCCAUGGGUCUGCCCCAUCACCAACGCAAGCUCUCAAUGUGACGAAUGCCGAACCACAAAUGUUUAUGAAUCCGCGUGAUUCUAUGUCCAUUGGCUAUUUUAAAGGUCUGCUCAACAUGCCUGGCCAAAACAACUGUUUCUUAAACAGCGCAGUGCAGGUUUUAUGGCACUUGGAUAUAUUUCGCCGUAGUUUUCGAGACCUUAAUGGUCAUGUCUGCAUGGCCGAUUCUUGCAUAUUUUGUGCUCUCAAGGAACUUUUUACACAGUUUCAGUACAGCCAUGAAUCGGCGUUACCACCAGAUGCCUUGAGACGAGCCUUGGCCGAGACUUUCCACCAGAGGCGCUUUCAGCUAGGAGUCAUGAAUGACGCUUCAGAAUGUUUCGAAAACAUCUUACGCCAAGUCCAUUUUCACAUAGCUCAUCAGGAAUCAGAAGAUAUGUGUAAUGUACCUCAUUGUAUACCACACCAGAAAUUUGCUAUGACACUCGUAGAACAGACUAUCUGCCAUUCCUGCGGCGCCACUUCUGAACCAUUGUCGUUCACACAAAUGGUUCACUACGUCUCAACGUCUGCCCUUCGUUCCCAAGCAACAGUUAUGGUAAACCAACACAGAGAACCAGCAGAUUUCUUCGGUCAAUUACUUAAGAAUGCUGCUGGAAUAGGAGACACUAGAGAAUGCCCAAGUGCAUGUGGAACUAAAAUACAAAUUUGUCGAAUCCUCCAGAAUCAUCCAGAAAUAGUGAGUGUUGGCCUGGUAUGGGAUUCAGAACGACCAACAUUAGAUAACAUACUGGAAGUUUUCCACUCAAUCGGCAUGGUUCUCAAGUUACAAGAUAUGUUCCAUUCCGUAGUAGACAGUCAGUGGGCUGAAGUUACAAAACACCACCUAGUGGGCAUUGUUACAUAUUAUGGAAAGCAUUACUCAACUUUCUUUUUUCACACUAAACUUCGAAUAUGGAUAUAUUUCGAUGAUGCAACUGUGCUUGAGAUUGGUCCUAAGUGGGAGCAAGUGAUAGAAAAGUGUAGACGAGGACAUUUUCAGCCAUUGUUGCUUUUAUAUGCCAAUCCAAAUGGAUCUCCAGUAUCUAAUUCCACAGCUCCAAAGUCUGUUAUGAUGGUCGGAGGAAACCAAACAUUUGUUGAAGUUUCUGAUAACAGCCAUUCAGCUGAAACAACUCUGAAGCCUGGGGUUAUGUUCUAUGCCAGUGACAAUUAUCAGAAAAAGACAAUAUCACAGCAAGUAUUUCAUGAUAACUGUGGAAUGGAUGACAUACAGAGUGAACGCAUUGUGAAUGAAAGUGCUCCUUUGGGAAACAGUAUUAAAUUAAACUUAUCGCAUCAAUAUUACUGUGGACUUCACCCGACAUGGAAUCAUACAGAACCUGGUCAUUUUUCAGCUGGUCAUACACAACAUCAGUUGCACCAUUUCUGUCCAUCUUUUGAAAAUAGUGAAUCUAAUGUAAAGAGUUGCUCUAAUAUGUGUCCUAAUAAUACUCCAGUUCGACAUGAUUUUAGCCACCAGCAUAAUGAUCAGUGGAGCUGUGUUCAUCCUUAUCCUCAGAGCUAUAACACUGUUUCACAACCUCGGUUUUUUGCCCCAGUUGGCUCCUUUUUGCACAACACUGCCAACGAUACUACUAGUAGUGAUCUUAUUAGUAAGUCCAUUGUUUGUGACCCGUCUUAUUUAUCUCAAAACUUUCAUCAACAGUCUGCAGAUGAUUAUUCUCGUGUAAUAGCAGAAGUUUCACUGAACUCUGAAACUAUCAGUCAACAAGUGAGUAGUUUAGAAAAUACUAAAAAUACUAAUGAAAAUGCAAUAGACUACAAAACCUACAUCAACCGUAAAGCAGUAGAAACUGUGCUAGCUGCUCAAAAACUUCAAAGGAAGAAGUCAUUAAAUGGAAACUACCAUCCUUCAAUUGGAAAUCGAAACAGUAGUAGCAGCUUGGAGUCCUAUGAUAACAAUUUACCAACCAUAAAUAAACCUAUCAAUAGUGUACCCAACUUGACACCUGACGUUAAUAAUACUGCUUGUGUUCUUCAACGACGAGAUUCUGGGAACUGGAGCAGUGAUCGUAACAGUGCAAGUUCAGCUAGUAAUACAUCUUUAGAUUGUCCAUACUUCUAUGUUGUGGGCAAUAAAAAGCCAUCAGCAAAUACGAGUGGUCAUAAAAUCAUUCAAGAUGGCUUGAAAUAUAGGCAACAUGACUACACAAAUGUAGGUAUGUUCUCUGACAAGGGAUAUGACUCCUUCUCCUUAUCCAGUACUGACAGCUAUCCAUCCAUUACAAGUCCAGCUGCCAAACUAGAUCCUCGCUUAGAUCAAAUACCAGAAGAUUUGCAGACAGUCUUCCAGUUAACUGGUAUCGUGAAGCCUCCUGUUCAAGAAUGUCAGGAUCUGAUUGAAAAUACCAGCUGUAAAUCUAAAGGUAAUAAUUGUGACACGUUGUGUGCUGAAGCUGAUUAUCUUUUAACAAAAUCUCACGAGAAAGAAAACGAAGGAGAUCUAGUCAUGGCUGCUAUGUUGAGUGAUUCAGCAGCAGCAAAAGCAAGAGCCGCCAUGGACGCCCCAUACAACAAUUCACAAUCUCUCGUCUCAGCAAAGAUGAAACAUAGCUUCUGUGUUAUGAGAUCAUCCAGUCUUCAUAAACGUUUGAAAGAAGCAGAAAUGGAAGAGCGAAGGAGACAGAAAGAGACCUCAACCUUGGAAGGUCACCACAGCCGACAGUCUAGUCGGGACAGUACGCACGGGCGUCACAGCCGACAAGGCAGCAAAGAUAAUUCCUCGGGUUCACAUAGCCGACAAGGUAGCAAGGAUAGUUCAAGUGGCAAGCAGCUCAUGUCUGACUUUGAUUCAAAAGCUGGAAAAACAAUAGAAAUAUAUGCGACACUGCCUAAAAAAGGUAGUAAGCGUAAAAGUCAUAAUAACAAUCCUGUUGGCUCUCCUAAAACCAAGGAAGAAAUCAAUGUAUAUGGAGAUCUAGUUGAUAAACAGAAGCAGACAAAUAAAUCUGAGGUUUCUUUCCAAAGACCAGAUCAACUGAAAGUAGUAAACGGACAGAAACUUCGUGCCAAAAGUAAAGAGUCUUCUUCAAAAUCAGGUAGUGAAAGAAAGAAAAUCUCUCAAUUAGAAAAAUAUCCCGAACAGAGUUUACAAACAGAAAAUAGGCAAGGAUCUACAGAACAUACUUUGAAUCCAAUGGGAUCUGAAAUAUACAACUAUACUAGUGAAUGGAGCUAUAACAAGAAUAAUUUUUCCCAUAGAACAUGGUCUAGUUAUCCAUUUUCUAAAACGCAUACUUCAGAUAAACCCGAAGACAUAAUACUUCAGACAAGUGACCAGUGUAACAAAAAGCAACAUAAAAUUCGAAAGAAACUUAUGGGAGGAUUUAUGAGGAGAAAGAAUCGUAGUUUGCCUGACCUAAGAGUAGGGCAGGAUCCAAGUGACUCUGCAUCACAUUCGUUUGACGACUGUGUGAUAAUACAGACUCCUAUAUCUUCAAAGUCAUUUGACAAUAAACUGGCAAAUAAAACUGACUACCGAUCUGAUAUACAAACAACCCAUAUAAGUAGGGGGUUUCACCAGCCUCAUCGAGCAUUUAUAAAAAACAACAUUCAACAGCAGCGACCACUUGUGAAAGUGAAUCCACCUCACGUGGUAGAAGUAGUGUCACAUCCUGACUGUGACAUAACUAAUAACCAUGCUCAAGAUGACCCAGAGUUUCCUCCUCCUCCACCUGACCACAUGCUUCUCAUUCAUUCUCCUGAUGCCUUAACUCACGUUGAUUACAACUGGGAAGCCCAGUGUAUUGAACCUCCCCCUCCCCCUCCUCCCACUGAGCUUGACAUCCUUCCGGCAUUCUUAUCAACGGGAAAACAUGGUCAAAUCACAGAAUUGUAUCAACAGCCUCUGGGAAAUGAAUUUCCACAAUCUUCAUCUGAAGCUCAAUUUGCGAAGCUUCAACAGGAAAACAGUGCUACACCAAACGCAUUUCUAGCAGAAAUCAAAGCUAAGCGAGAGAAAAUUUUUCUAAAAGCUUCAAGUAUAGAAAAUCCUGCUGAAACAGCAGCAGAUAACCCAGUUAGAAAUGUUAAUGGAACGAAAGAGUUCAGAGAUCAUCCUACAUUAUGUUAUCCCCAGACAGGGAAUAUGUGGUUACACGAACUGCAGAAUAAACAGUUUCAGAUUUUGCAAAAGAAAAACCAGUUCUCUGAAAGAGCACCCACAGUAGUAUCAGAGACAAAUUUCCCAGGAAGCCCCGAGGCACCCAAUCAGAAACAAGCUCAGAGUGAAGUGGAAAAUAAUGGAAGAAGUAUUCACGUGGUUUCUGAUGGUUCUCAGUUGACACCUUUAAACAAGGGGUCAGCUAUAGUGGUUCCGGUCCCGAAGCAUGAAAAUAACAAAAAUCACGAUGCUGCAGAUGAGAGAAGGCCCCAUUCAGUAAAGGAUCUUACCUCAAGGUUCGAGUCGAUUUUGAAACCCCAAAAGUCGAAUGAAACAAUCUCUGCUAAUGUAGUAACAAGUAACAUCUCACCAAAGAAGAGUUUUGAAUCUAAGAAGAGUGAAACUUCAGUUAAUGACAUCUUAUUAAAAAGUGGUCUCAUUGAUCAAGCUACAUCCGAGAAGAGCAGAGGACAAAAAUGCGUUAGGAAUGUAAACAACAGUAGUGACAUUCAGAGCCUAAAACGAAUGGUCAUUCAUGCUGAUCCAUCAGAUGUAACUUCGCUGUUCCCAGCAUCACACCCAGGUAACCUUCAUUUUGUUAUGAGUGAGAAAAUAAACGAGGGAAGCUUACACCACAUCGAAGGCAGUCCUUCUCUGAAUAACUUAAGGGAUAGUCACUCUUCAAAAGACAUGCUACAAAUAAAUACUCAUCUUUCUUCAGAAUCCAGACGUCCAGAAUGCCCACCCGAUUACGAGACUGCUAUACAAAGAAUCGGAUUGUUGAAAGAUCGGACUCAACCACAAGUUGAUGAUAUUAGUCAGAAUGGUACAAAUUCUGCGGGUGAAGAAAAUUCAUUUUGUACUCGGACUCCUAAUGAAAUUAAGCAGAGUUUUGCAACUUUUUCAUUAAAUGAACAGCAGUGCAAUACCAUGAAUAAGAACUCACAUGAAAUCAGUAUACAAGAACCAAAAACAAGUAGUACUUCGAAAAAAAAGAACAGCCCCAAGAAAAGUGUAACAUUUUCAGAACAAGUAGUUCUAGUAGCAUGUGCAGAAGAUAAUGAGAACGAGUACCUCCCAAAUCCUCUUCUGGAAAGAGUUUACAAACAACACUUUCAAGAAGAAUCGGAAAAGCCUACAAGUGAAACAUGUAUCUCAAAUCCUAUUAAGACAAGUGCAUUGCAUGCUUUUCCUGGAUCAAAUGUACAAACAGUAUCCGGUUCUGGUGUUCAGAAACCCUGUGAUUUAUGUCACCAAAAGACAGUUUCUCAAUCACAAGUUUAUUGUUCAGAUUGCUCAUUCUAUAUGUCCAAAUUUAAACCUCGCCAGUAGUUGGCGUUUCAAAGUGUAUAUAUUAUACAUAACAUAAUUUGACAGCUGUUUUCUGUGGCACGUGUAUAUAUACCUCUUACCAUCUCAAAGAAUUCAUUUUUACCUGUAAGUACUCGUGUAAUAAUUUUCACUAAUCUGUAUUUGAAAGUUUACUUUUUCUAAAAUUAUUUGUCUUGUAUUUCUCAUUUUGUCCUUUGAACAAAGAACCAGAAGACACACCGAGUCCUCUGGAGUUCCAUACGUAACAUUCCAUGCUUGUACAUACAUAUGUAUAUUUGUAAACUCUGUAGUGUUUUUCGAAUGUGUGAAGCUUCGGCGAGUGCCAAAGGUUACCAUGUACUUUUACUUGCUAAUUCUUGUAAUAUUAAUUUGAAUUUAAGUUUUACACUUUUAUUUAAUUUUUAAUUUUACUUUAAUUUUGUAAAAUGAUGGAUAUUACAAACAUUGGACUUAGCAACAGUACAAAGACAAUAGUGAACCUUGGCAAACUAUAUCUAUAGAUUUCUUUUAUACUUUGAAAAAUGAACAAUUCGAUAAAUAAGCUAUACGUCUCCAUGAGCUGAGUGAAAGUCUAUGUUAUUUAUAUACGACUGGUACUUUUAAUAAAAAUAAAUAAAUAACUGUAUUGUUUGUAAUUAAGCACAAAGCUACACAAUGGGCUAUUUAUGCUCUGCCCACCACGGGUUUCUAAACCCGGAUUCUAGCGUUGUAAGUCCACAGACAUAUCGCUGUGCCACUGGGGGGCCAAUAAAUAACUGAAUAAAUAUUAGUAAGAAGAAACUGUGAAUAGGAAUGUUACUCUUAAAAGACUACCGAUAGGCUUGUGACUUUUUUAGUAAAACUGCACCAAUACUCCUGCGAUUUUGUGACUUCUUAAUAAGACCACCAAUAAGCCUUUGACUAUUUACUAAGAUUCUACCAAUAGAUUUCUGCCUUUAUUAUUCAACUAAUAAAA